UCUCACGUCUUGAAGGCCAUUUCAUUAGAUGCCCAUGACUGCCCAGCGCGCGGUAAACUGCCUAAUAUCUGUAAGGAUGCACUUCACCUCGCAUCAUCCCUUCACUCCCACAACAUUGCGACGUUGGGGAGAAGCCGGUUAUCUAUUUGUUGCCAACAUUUAUAAUGCCAUAAUAAAUGAAUAAACCUUAUUAGUCAGCGUGCUCCCGCCUUCACGAAUGAGCAGUGCUGAUCAGAGGACUUUAUCGCUAAACUUCGCAGAUAUUUUUGUGGUACACGAGACGCGCACGGUGGGCGGAAUGAAUGCUAUCACAUUUAAAACAGGAAUUCCAUUCCUGUACAUAUUCGUACAUAUCCGUACUUCCUGUAAAUAUUUAUUUCAGGAUGACACGGCAAGUUUGCUACUAGCAGUGGCAACAAUGCAAGACACCGUCGCCUACUUCAGCUCGGUCGAUGAUCCGAGUGAGAGGUGCAUGACAGCUGAGCGUCCAGUGUUCAUCCCCGAGGAAGACCGAGCCGUGUUCGUUUUCCAUUACCAGGGCAAAGAUGACCAGUCCAACGGGUAUACACGUGCCUACUGCGUCAAUAUUACUGCAUCCGAUUCUGGAAAGUUCCCCUUCGGCCCUUGCGAAGAGAGCGAGACGCCUGGAACGGCUCAGAUGCUUUUCUUUGACGGCCACAGCUGCUUUGGCGGUCGAUUUCCGCUUUCCGGCACUGAACAAUGCAUCUUGUGGGUAAAGGUAGACCCCAAGGAUUCCGUGUCCGACGAAUGCCUGCAAUACUAUGACCAACAGUGCGGGUCAGAGAAGUACAAGCUGUACGACAGCGAACAAUGCACCUAACAAUGGUCGAGAGCUCGUGUUCAGCACGCAUGGCGUAAUGUCGCACAGAUAUCUGCCGUUAAGUCUGUUUCUGUAUACUUGCAAAUAAAAGGAUUCAGGAUUCAUA